GCACGUGUGACGUUUACGUUUCGUUUUUCCGAAGCUUUUCGAGAAUUUCGCGAGAAAUUUUGCGCUCAAGUUUAAAAGUUAAACUUGUGUUUUAUAGGACUUGAGUGAAAUGUGGCCGUUUUCUGUGGAUUUUUCGAGUGUGGUACAAAACUAUUGUGUUAUGUGUAUAUAGGAAUACAUCUUGAAAGGACCUUUUGUAUUGAUCAAAAAUGCUGAAGUGGACGGUGUAUGGUAAAAAGAAUCAAGACAUACAAAUAAAUAACGAUGAAGAAACAGAGGAAGCAGAACCAUACACGCAUAAAGUAUAUGAUGAUAAAAUUAGACGAUCUUUAGAUGCACAGACUGUCAAAAAAAGUAAAAAGCCUAGUAGAUAUCAAAGAAGAUCCUUAGGUGCAGCUGCUAGAAAAAAUAGCUGUCGAAAUGUAGAUAAAGAAAAUAUUAACUGUAUAGGCAAUACACCGAAUCAUUUUAGAGAAGGAUUUGUUAAGAAACUUGAUAGCAAUGCUUUAAAAGACGUUAGUAAUAUCACUCCUACUUUAGGUACCCCAAAUGUCGAAAAAAGAAUACUCUAUCGGGCUGCAUCCAAAGACGAUAUUCCCCCAGAUUUACCUCCUACUCCUCCCACCUAUAGUAGAAGAGUCAGAGAGGCAAAGAAGAGAAAACUCGAAAUGACUAGCUGCAAUAAUAACGUAGUUUUUAAUAGAAAUAGUUGUAUUUAUAAAUCGGAGCGAAGAAUAAAGCAAGACAGAAGUUUAAUAGCAUCACCUAAACUAAGUCAUAGUGUUUCUGAACCAUCUUUGAAUGAGUUAUCAGAAAGAUUAAGUUCAUCCUCAGGUAGUAACAGAAGUUCUUUUGCAAUAACAAAGCAAAUAAAUAAUAAGAAAAUGGUAAGUACCACAAAAAGUGCAAGUGAAGGUCUAGUGGAAAUAGAAUAUGAAAAGGAUUUAGUUAUAAAUUGUGUUGAAAAACCGGUUAUUCUUGAUAAAGAAAAAUUAGAAAGGUCUACUUUACCUAUAUUUGGUCACCGUCUAUUUACAGACAAUCCUUUAUAUUUCAAUAAAAAUGAAGAUGGUUCACCUAAUAUUAGACCAUUAAAACGGACACGGAAAAAAUCGAAUGAUUUUGAAAGUUCUUUUAAAUCUCCCUCAAUUGAUAAGAAAGACGUACAUUCAUUAGUUAGAGAUGGUUGUUCUCCUUCUGUCACACCACUGUCUGUAAAAUUAGCUGCUCUAAGAUUUAGCACUAUGAGUACGCAUACUAAGUCACAACGAGCUGUUUGUAACAACGAUAUAACAGAAUUCUUCCCAAAAAUAGAAAAUCAUUUCACUAUUCCAUUAAGGGAUGAAGAAAGCUCUACUGAAAUGGAAAAUAAGUUUAUUCUUGAGAAAGAGUCUAUAAAUAGCGUAUCAGAGUCAACAGUCAAGAGUUCAACCUCUCAGAUGGGGGAUGUAACUCUGGAAAGAAUGAUAGAAGACAUUAUAAAAAGUACGAAAAUAGUAAAAUCUAAAAGAAGAAUAUUCAAUAAUAUACAGAAUGAAGAUAAAACAUCGAUUGAAGAAGAAAUUCCUACAAUUGAAUCAAUAAAAGACUUGUUUGUGAAACCACAAACUGAAAUCAAAACUAAUUUAAUUAAAGAAGCUAGAUACGUGAACUUAUCAAGAGAAAAUUCAGUAUCUCCAAAAGCUACACCUAUUAAAAAAAGAACUCCAAUUCAUAGAGUAAACGACAAAUUACUAAAAAAUGUUCCUAUAGGAGGAUUCAUCUUGGAUGAUGGCGAUGGAUAUAAUGAGAGAGAAGUACGAACUCCCGACAAUUGUGUAGAUGUUAAACCUAAGUUAAGUAUUUAUAAUCAUGUUAAUAUGCCAUUAAAUAGGACGCGAUCAAUGAACUCGUCUCUAACUGAGAAAGGAAAUCUGCAGCAAGUAUCAUCUGAAUCAACACCAGACUUAUAUUCUGCGAUAAGAGAUUGCAAAAAUAAUAGAUUGAGAAGACAAAAAUGUAUUCGCAGAAAAAAGUCUACUGUUAGUAUGGAUAGUCUUUGGAAACAGAAACAAACUGAAUCUAAAUCUUCUUUGGUCCUAACUUUGGAAAUGGGUUUACCCAGUCCAGCUACAGAACUACAAAAUUCUUCAUUAUGUGAACCAAUAAGUACGCAGUAUACUAGAAUGAUUUCUUCAGAAAAGGAUUAUCCACUAAACGAUUCAAUGAGGUCUUAUGUAUCACACAGCAGUUUAAAACCGAAUGAACCAGUGCAAAACACAAGAUCGAGGGAGCUAUUUGGUUUAACAUUAGAAAAUGGCAUUCCUAGUCCAAUUACUCCAUUACCGAAUCUCAAGAGAUCCAGUAAUGCCCUAAGUGAAGAAAGAGCUCACAAAACGAGUAAGUUGGAGGAGGAUUUAUUUUCGAAUGAUGUGAUGACACCAGUGCUAGAACAUAAAACAUCGAGACGAUGUCUUACGUACUCUCCAGAAGACAGUAGUAUAAGCAGCAGUGAAGAAAAAAGACGAAGCGUUGCAAGCAACCGUUUAGAGAGAAGCGGUGAUCGAUUUCAAACCAUAAAAGGAACAAUUGAUUUAGAGAUUAUUAUGAGAAAUAAUAUCAUAGACGUGCACGUGAUUCGAUGUCGAGACCUGCAACGUUCUUCGGGGAAAGUCGACGAUAUCAAUGCAUAUGCAAAGGUUGUAAUCAGCGGGGUGGCCGAAGAUCAAAGUUUGCCAUCUCAACGAUCAAUAUUCCAGCGAACCUCAGUCCUCUACGGGAAGAGAGAACCGGAGUUCCAACGCCAUCUGAAACUGCCGUUGCCGGCUGCUGUAUACGAUCAUCAAAUUCUGCACAUCUCUGUAUGGCACAGGGAUAAGAAAUACAGGCGGAGCGAGUUUCUAGGAUGCGUCUCGUUUCCGUUGAAAGAUGCGAUUAAAAGCGACAUUUCCGGCACGUACUUCCUGCAGCAGGGGCGCCAGAGCGCGGCGCAGGACGGGCGCGUGACCGAGCGGUGCAAGAUGGCCACUGACAACACUGAGACUAGCACCAAUGAGGGCGCCAAAGAAAGUUCUGACAAAGGCGUAGCAUCCAACGGCCCAUCAACAAAUCAAGCUCAAGUAGCAGCAGCGUUGCAACGUGAGGCAGAUGAGCACCUGUUCCUGAGAUACCUGGAGCUCGACCCUCCUGAGGACCCCGCUGCACCGCGCCGGGCGCAGCGAAAUGGAAGAACACCAUUUACGACUACUAGAAAGUUAGUAAGAGCGAUGAGUGGUGGUUUCGGUUUCACGGUCGUCUGGACUCGCCCUCCCAAAGUAGAACGAGUAGCAGCGGGAGGAUCAGCAGAAAAAGCUGGUCUUCGCGCUGGUGACUACAUCGUGUUUGUUGGUAACAAGAACGUAGUUACUGCUUCAGAGGAAGAAGUCCGGAAUCUUGUCAAAGCAGCAGGACAGACCUUGAACUUAGAGACCUUCAGACGCGUGCCACAAAACGGUGUUGGAGUUAAGCCACGCCUUACUCAAGUCACUAUACCGGCACCAGAAUCAACACCGCCUCCAGCUCCAAGAUCCCCAAGGGCUGCGGCCUUAGCCUCCCCUGCAGCAGCCGCCAGGCCUCCAACGGCCUGUUCCUCUACCAGUCAGUCUCUGGAUAGACGCAAGCUACACCUGCCCCAAGUUACAUUUUCAAAGGAGACCACAGGCCUAGCAACUGAUGGAAGGAAAAGAGCACUUCUUGCCCUAGUAGCAAGGGAACAGCAUUAUGCAACCUGCCUGCAAUUUGGUCUUGUCCGAUUCGUCUCACCCUUAGCUGAAAGAGCAGACCUCAUUGCUCCAAGCGACCACCAGUUAUUGUUUCAAAAUAUUGAAGAGAUAUUUAGGCUAUCGGAGGAUAUUUUGGACCAAAUAGUUCAAGACGAUGGCGAAAUACAGACGUCGACGGUUCUCGCUGUAUACUUACAAAAGGCUCCUGUGUUCCUUAGUCUUUAUAAGAAAUAUUGUCUGGGACUGAAAAGAGCUGAUUGCGUAUUGGUAAAAAAGUCAAAAGACCCCAGCGGGGCGUUCUCAAGGUUCUGCACUAGUCCCCCAAUUCCAAGAAGAAGGCCAGAUAUUACGUCAUUAGUCCACAAACCACUCGAGCAAUUUCGGGAACUCCUUAGAUUAAUGAGAGCAGCGGCUAGUUGUAGUGGGUCAGGGCCUUACGACCAACUUGAAAAGAAGCAACUUCAAGUUAUUGUGGAACAGUUGCAGUGUGGUUACCAAGAUGUGACAGCGGGAUCAGGUUUGAUGGGACUCGCUGGAGAUGGAAAACCGUUGUUGUCUGUUGCCGACCUUGAAAGUCGACUCGUGUUCACUAGAUGUAAGCCAUUCGUCUUAAGCACAGCAGGGAGGCAAUGGAUAUUCGGCGGAGAACUGUCAAGAGUGGAAGGCAGAACAAUCCGACCGUACUGGGCCUUACUGUUCUCAGAUCUGCUGCUAUUUGCCACAGUGUCAAGGGAUCGAGUCCUCUUUGUAACAGAGGAGCCGGUCGCAUUGGGGACGGUGUCAGAAGCUCAGUUCAAUGUUAGGAAAAAAGCGACUGAAUUCCGGCUAAUCUUGGGUCGAGCUGGUGGUGAAAGUCCGUUAGUGUCAUGUGCUCCGCGGACACCAGCGCGCUCACGGCCCAUCGUUUUAAGGGCGCCUUCCAUUGACCUAAAGGCCGUGUGGCAGAGCUUACUGCAAAGACAAAUAUAUCGCGCACACACGAUGUCAGGAACACCUCUUGGCUCACCGCUGGACUCGCCAGAUCCACAGCUGACCUUCAGCCUGGCAACCCUCGAUUCCCAACAGAGACAGACUCGACGUAGCUCAGCAGAAACGCAAACAGGAGGAGGUGGGAGUGCUGUAGAAGUUCCUAGGAGUAACAGAAGUCGAGGGUCCACGUUACACUUGCAGAGAUGGAUGACUCAGUUACCUGAGGCUGAAGAGUUAGACCCCCCAGAGCCAGAUAUGGAGAUGUGGAGUGUAGAAGAGCUAAGAAAGAGAUCGAAAGAACUAAAUCUUUUAGAAGUAGCAGAACUUAUAGAGAAUAAUACGAAAAAUGAAAAUAGAGAAAGUACUGUUGUUAAUCGUGUGGAAAAGAAGGAAAAUGACCGAAGUCCAUCCAAAAGUAGUAAUUCUGGUAGUCAGAUAACUGUCCGAACGAGUCCAGUUGUAGUUGAUACUAUUCCGGUUUGCCGGCAGUGUCACAAGAAAUGCUUAUCCAAGCCAAAUAGUCCAUUAAUAUCACAAAAAGAACCACCAGUACCUCCUAAGCCAAAAGCCGAAACUUCGCCUCAAAAUUCUGCCUCAAAUAAAAGUAAUACUAGCAUUUGUAGUGCAAACUGUGGUAACCGUAAACAAAAACAUUUUUCUCACUUAGAACGUAAAGGUGCAAUUAGGAUACGCCCUGAAGAUGCCCCUAAGGCAGCUAUGAAAGUAAUUGAUUCAAUAGAACAAAGUCAAAGGAUGCUCAAAUCAAAAUCCUAUGAACUGAAAACAGAUUCACCGAUUUUGAACACAAGCAUCACAAGAAGUCACAGUCAUACAAAGAGCCAUUUGGAACUGAGAAAAGAACAUUCUAUUAUGUCACCUAGUCCCACUUCUAGUAGUAGGAAUAGUCCUCUGUCCACUAGCCACACAACAUGUAGCUCAAUGGUAUUUAACUCUAGUUCAAACGACUUAAGAACCUCAAGUUCAAAUAUAGCUAAUCAAGUGCAAUGUGUUAUAGCUCAAGAGAAAUACUUAAACGAGGUUAAAUGUGUAGAAAGCAUAACGCUUUCAAGAACGAAAACAUCAGCUUAUCCUUCACCGGCAACCUUAAGAAAAGAUGAACGAACGAGACAAAAAGCUGAAACGGUAUUAAAUAAGGUAUUAGGCAUGAACAUAAUAACCAAACGAGAAAACGUCGGUACACGCCUACGAACUUCAUCAGUCUUUUUGGACGACGAUUCAAUACAUGAAGAUGAUAAUGACUUCAGAAUACAAAGAGGCCUUCGAAGAUCGCCGAGAAUGGGUAUAUCAGCUGUUAGCAAAAUGAAUGGUGAUAUAAGUAAAAAAACUGAAAUGCUUGAAGAUAUAAAUGCAAACACAAAUGACGUAUUAUCUGAUGAAGAUUCAGAGCUAGGUCCCCUUAUGUUAAUGGGUCUUUCUGCUAUUAAUCCCGCAGCACAUCUUAUGAGAGUUGAGCCAUUUAAAAGGACACAUUUUGAACUAUCUGCAACUAGCAUAAAUACGGUCAAUUCAAGACCAGGCAGUCUAGGUUCAAUAAAAUCCGAAUCUCCCGUGCCGAAUAUAGCAGUUGUCCCACCAACUCCUGAUUAUAAUACGACUAAUAAGACUGAUCAGCUUGUAGAUGAAUCUCCCGAUUCCCCAGACGCCCCAGAUGAUUUACCUUAUGUGUCGUUAAAAAGGUAUGGCACAAUGUCAAGCCUGGAAAGGCUGCCAUCCGAUGAGACUGAUGAUGGUAACGUAAGACUGACUGCACAGGAGCCAGAUACUUCCAAAACGUAUAGCACAGAAUUUCCAGAUCUCUGCCUAAGUAAUUGUAAUGAGAAUGAAACGUUUGCAGUAACAAGUGCAGCGGGUGGUAUAAUGGGCUGGACAGCACGUGCUGGUUCAUUUGUUGUUGAGAAGAUGAAUAUUUUUAGUCACACGGAAAGCGUGCCAAAUACCUCAAUAGCGCAUAAACAACCAUCUUUCUUAGAACGGUGCCUUGGGGUUGGUGAUUGGAAGUCAGCCAUUGGUACUGAAGAGGGUACAGUUGAAACCGGAGAAGGUAGUGGGGCAAGCGGAGAAGAUGCUUGGGGUACACCAUCAUCUGGCGAUCUCUCAGACAAUCUCCCUGAUUCUGAACAUGGGACUCUCUCUUCACCAACAAAGUCUUCCUCUUCGUAUGCCGGUGAUGAUGAUACAGAACUAAUGAUGGAUGAGCUUUUAAUGGCACCUACAAUAACUGGACCUACUACUUUAAGGCCACUUUUACCGAGAGACGUAUUUAGAAGAAGAUUGGAACCUUUAUUAGAAGAAGAUGGUUCUGAUAGUGGAAGUGAGGACAAUAAACCUACGCCUACCAAUUCUGAUGACCAGGGCAGCGAGCGUGGCGUCGGUGCUGACGACUGUUCCGACGCGCCGCACCGACCACCCUCUGCUUCCGAAUCAGAAGCAGAGGACGGUGUGUGCGACGCGGGGCCCGAGUGCCAUGGAGAGGUGCUCACUGGUGGCGCCGCGUGCGAGCUGAGUCCCGACCGGACUCCCACCAACGAGGUGCCUUCGAUGCCCUUACAAUCUGUUUCAAAAGAGUGUGUGGAGCGAGCAUCUGUUGGCGGCGGUCGGCGGGGCUCAGCCAGUUCAGCCAGCACGCCCUCCACACUCGAACGCACCACUAUCCACAACCCCACACCCCUACAUCAGCUGUCACCAGCUUCGGAGCCACCACCAGUAGCCGAGUGUUCGCGGGAGGAAGCGCGGCCAGCGUCGCCGGAGCGGCUCAGCCCCCGCGCGGAAAUGCGCCUGGCGCUCGACCAGGGCAAGGACAUAUUGGCGGAACAGGAAGUGGCAUGGGGUGGCGCGCGCGACCACUGGUCGUUUCGCGCGGCGUGCCAACGCUCGCUGGUGCGACGCGUAGCGAGCGCGGACGCGGUCACGCUGUGCCGCACCGCCCCUCAUACUACUUCGCGCAGUUCUGUAUAUGCUUGGAAAGCUCCAGAAACCGAACCGAAACUUACGGAGAUGGAGCAACUGGCACGAGCGGAAGCUCUGACGAUGCGUUCGCGGACGCGCUCUCAAUGCCAGAACGGGAAGAUAUUGGGGUUCCUCCGCCGCCGAGCAUCCUCCGAUAGCCCUCGCCGCGAACCCUUCCUGCUGAACGCGCGGCCUUUCUCCCCCCGGCGAAGCACUGAGAAGCAUUUCGAGAAACGAUUCUGGAAACAAGUGACCAGAAGACGUCAAUCUUGUGGCUCCAUCAGCCAAAUAUAGAGACUAAAAAAAUUAAAAGACUUUCAAAACUGAAAAACGUGUAAGUGUUCAUCGUCUUGUACUUAAAGGUAGAAAGAUUUACAAAGAAGUUAUAAAUAGGAUUCGAAUCGACGUAGACAGUGGCAGUGAUCGCAUAUACAAUGGACCAAGAAAAGAUACGUAAGAUUGUCACAGACUGAAAUUGAAUCGGAUUUGAUGAUUUUGGAGCAACGAAUGGAAUGAAUGAAGUAGAAAGUUUAAGAAUAGUUGGGAUGCCAAAAAAUUCCUGACGUGAAAGUAUUUGCCAAAACACUGACGGAUGGGACCUGUCAACUGAACUUCAUAUCGUAGGUAGAAACCAAGUGGUUCAACUAGGUACUGGUGUAGAUAGCAAUUCUUUAAGGCCUAACAUGCUUAUUAUUGUGUACUAUAAAACUGUGAAAGAUGCGGUUAAAGUUUCUUCUACGUAGAUGUACAUAUAGUGAAAGGAAGUAGAGUAAGCUUUUUAAUAAAAAAAGGCUUGAUCUUUGUAUAAUAUAAUUGUUUUAGCAAAUUUCUUGUAACGCUGUUGACUAUUGAGAAUUGAAUGUCUUUCAUACACUUCAUUGUUAAUUAGAUAUUUGUUAAAUAUAAUAAAAUAUUGAUGUACUUACUUAAUUUAAUUUUGAUGGUCCCAGGGCUUAUUAAAUUAAUGUCAAACUUAAAUUUAAAAGUAAUGUUUACCCAGUUGACUAUUUCAACUGGUUAAUCUAACAUUUACGGUUGAAUCUUGAAACAUAAUAAUAACGUUUCAUGAAAAUAACCUUAGUAUAAUAAAAUUGGAAGUUUUUGAAGUAAAUCGUCGAAUUUAUUAUUUUUUAAAAUCAAUAUUACUAUUGUGAGUCUGUGGGCUACAAUUUUAAGAUUGUUCUUUGUAUAUCUCUCAUUUCCAAUGUCGCAAAUAAACUUCUUAAAUUUCA